GAGAAAAUUUCCUCCCCGUCGUUAACGAUCGAUAGAUUUUCUAGAGGCACAGUCACAGAUAUCGUCUCAAAAAAUAUAACCAUGGUUUUGGAGAACCUUCUUAUGAAUUAUGAAAAUAGCCAACUACCAACACACGGAAAAGACCGUUGAAUUUUUGUGUCGAAGGAUGAACCGGAUGCCUCUCUGCGAACGCUGCAAAAAUUUCGUGGCCGCGUUCCUACGAUCCGUUAAACUCUUAAAAAUGUGAAGAGAAAUGUGAAGCGACACGAUAUAAAGCGGGAUUAGUUACGUCUCGUUAGUUUAUUUUGUACCUCCUGUAGAAAUGUUACAUGACUUAAUUUAUGAAGGUAAAGGGAGAGAAGGGAGAAGGAGGAGGAAAAGAAAAAAAGAAAGUAAUUAUAUGGGAGCAAAUUGUUAAUUGGAGUGAAAGAAUCGCAUUUUCCUAUUUCACCUUGAUCCGUUUGGAAAAUCUGACACAUCCUUUUUUUAGUCGACCAUUUCCGAUGAUCUUUCAGAAAUUCUUUCAUUUCACUGAAACGAUUCAUCGUCAAAAAGAAUUCGAGUUGGUCCGGCCAGUUUCUUGUUUUAUUACCGAUUUCUCUCCUACCUCUCCACCUUUAUUCCAAUAGUUUUCUCUUCGCGUCUAAGGGAGACUUAUCAUCGCGAAUGGACUGGCUCAAUAUGAAUAUUACAUGCAUACCUCAAAUUGGAGUGGAGCCAGAUGUGAGAGAAGGAUACAAAAAGAGAAAAAAAUAGAAGAAACUAUUGCUCGGUUUUUAAAUCGUAUCUCGCUUUCAAAUACUCCAGGAUCGUCUCACUUUUGGCCGUCUUCGUCGAUUUCACAUUUCCCUCUUCCUACUUUUUUCACUUUUUUCCCUCCGUUAUCGGACUUUCUCUGUGUACCCAAGGUUUGUCAACAAACGACGGCGAACGUGAUCUUCUCACCAAAGUCAUAUUUCAUAGAGACACCAUAAUUCAUAGAGAAAAAGUUCAUUUGUCAUUUUGUUAUAUCCUAGAAAAUUAUAUUACAUAAAAAUUCAUAGGAACACCAACGGUGGUAAAGACCAAUAUUCUGAUAAGAAGUAUGGGUCCUGUUUCCGAAUUGGAUAUGGAUUACUCAAUGGAUUGCUACUUUCGACAAUCUUGGCGUGAUUCUCGGCUUAGUUUCUUAGGACCUAUCAAGUCCCUCAGUCUUAGUAUCAAGAUGCUCGAGAGAAUUUGGCGUCCGGACACGUACUUCUACAAUGGGAAACACAGCUACGUGCAUACGAUCACUGUGCCCAACAAGUUGCUGAGAAUUUCUCAGGACGGGGAUAUACUCUAUUCGAUGAGGCUUACCAUUAAAGCGAAGUGUCCCAUGGAGUUACAGAAUUUUCCCAUGGAUCGACAAUCGUGCCCAUUAAUUUUAGGAAGCUAUGCUUAUACGUCCCAACAGUUAGUUUAUGAAUGGCAAGAAGGAUCGUCCGUAAACUUUGUUCCUGGAAUGGCACUAUCGCAAUUCGAUUUAAUGGGUUCUCCCUAUAGAAAUCUUACGUUUGUACGUCGUGAAGGCGAGUUCUCUGUUCUCCAAGUAUCUUUUAAUUUACAACGGAAUACCGGUUAUUUUUUGAUACAAGUCUACGUUCCAUGUGUACUUAUAGUCGUCUUAAGUUGGGUAUCGUUUUGGAUUCAUCGUGAAGCUACCAGUGAUCGAGUAGGUCUAGGUAUCACAACGGUAUUAACACUUUCUACGAUAAGUCUUGAUUCAAGAACUGAUUUACCAAAAGUGAGAUACGCUACAGCCCUCGAUUGGUUUCUUCUCAUGAGUUUUGGUUAUUGCAUCGCUACACUUUUAGAAUUUGCUGGGGUACAUUAUUUUACGAAGGUCGGAAGUGGAGAACUUCCAUUGGACGACGAAGAAUGGGAAAAUAUUUCGGACAAAGAGUACGAAAAUCCAUUUUGUACGAUCGCUACUUGCGGUCCUCAAACCAUUCAUCCAGAUAGUAUCGUUGACGAAACUUCCAGAAGAAGUUCCACCGUCUGCAGCGUUUAUAAUGACUCGGUAACGUACAACCGACGAUCUUAUCAACCCGUAACAAUUACAUCGAGACCGUCCACAAUGGAAAGACAGACGCAAACCGAACGUCGAUUGCCUAAAUGGAGACAAUUUUUAUACUGUUUGGCAGGUGACGAUGAGUUCAGAAGGCAACGACAACGUGAAGCAGUAAGGAAUUGCCGAAAAUUUGGAGAACGUGUAGCGAGACAUAUCAAUAGUGUAUCGACUAUAGAUAGAGUUGCACGAAUAGUUUUUCCAGCAUCUUUUGGAUUACUUAAUAUAUGCUACUGGGUCGUUUAUGUCACUUAUCAGGAAGAAUUUAAAUGGCAAGAUCCACCGAUUGGUUCGAUUUCUAAAUAAAAACAUACUUGUCAAUUAAAUAUUGUCAA